AGUGUCUUCCUGGUGGACUCGCGCUCCCGGACUCUCUACGUGGGGGCCAAGGACACCAUCGUGGCCCUGUCUCUGGACGCAGUCAGCCAGCAGGCCAAGAAGGUCACAUGGAGUGCGCCACCGGGCCACAGGGAGUCCUGCAUGCAGAAGGGGAAGAGUGAGGUGGAGUGCCAGAACUUCGUCCGCAUCCUGGAGUUCGUGAACCAGACGCACCUCUUUGUCUGUGGCACGUUCGCCUUCAGCCCCCGCUGUGGAUACAUUGACACACGUGAUUUCCGUGCUGUGGAGCAGACCGAGCCCGGGAAGGGCAAGUGCCCCUUUGAGCCACUGCAGCCGUUCUCUGCCAUCAUGGCAGACGGUGCCCUGUACGCAGCCACGGUCAACAACUUCCUGGGGACAGAGCCCAUCAUAUCCCGAGCCAUGGAGAAGGCCCCCGGAAGCCCCCCGGACAUCAUCCGGACGGAGAACUCUGUGACGUGGCUGAACGAUCCUGAAUUUGUGGCCUCAGCUUUCCUGCGUGAAAGUGAGGAUGGCGAAGAUGACAAGAUCUACUUCUUUUUCACGGAGACAGCACGUGAAUAUGACUUCUAUGAGAAGGUCAAGGUGGCGCGCGUGGCUCGAGUCUGCAAGAGGGACUUGGGAGGCCAGAAGACACUGCAGAAGAGGUGGACAACUUUUCUAAAGACUCAGCUCGUCUGCUCAGACCCUGAGAGUGGAACUGUCUUCAACGUCCUGAAGGAUGUGGUGACGCUGCGUGUGGGCAAUGGAAGUGCUGCCAUCUUUUAUGGCCUCUUUGCAGCUCAGGGGAAGGACGACCGUGGCUCCGCCGUUUGUGCCUACAGCGCACAGGCUGUCCAGAGCGCGAUGAACGGCCGCUUCAAGGAGUUCCGGAGAGACUGCGACAAGUGGACGAGCCUGCCGCAGAGCGACGUUCCCGAGCCGCGGCCGGGGGCAUGUGUCACCAGCAGCCCGAAGUGGGAGGGCAUCGCAUCCUCGCUGGCCCUCCCAGACCGCGUCCUGACCUUUGUCCGCGACCACCCGCUCAUGGACGGGCCGGUCGCCCCGCUGGAGAAGAGGCCCGUCUUAGUCAGCCCAGGGACUCGGUACUGCCGGCUGGCUGCACAGCGAGUCAGGGCGCUCUCGGGGAAGGAGCAUGAUGUGCUGUACCUGGGAACAGAGGACGGACACGUGCACAAGGCUGUGAAGAUCGGCCCCUUGCUCUCCCUCAUUGAGGACUUGAGGCUGUUUCCAGAUCGCCAACCCGUCCGGAACCUGCAGCUGCACCAGAACUGGCUGUAUGUGGCUUCUGACAAUGAAGUGGCCCAGAUCCGCACAGCCACCUGCAGCAUGCACAGAACCUGCCAGGACUGUGUUUUGGCCAGAGAUCCUGCUUGCGCCUGGAACACAGACCUGGGGACAUGCCAGGAACACCAUGGACAGGCUGGACUGAUCCAGGACAUCACAUCCGUGAAGGUCCUGGCACUGUGUCCAGCGGAGAGGAAGGAGCUGCCCACCACCAUAGAAGUGCCAGUACUGGUGUCUGCUCGAGUGGUCCUGCCCUGUGUCCCCCGAUCCACUUGGUCCCGCUGUGAGUGGCAGAGACCUUCUCAAGAGCCGUCAACCUACAUUGUGCGUAGCGAUGGCCUAGAGUUUACCGUGGCAGCAGCAACUCUGGGGGACUACACGUGCCGCUGCGUGGAGUCUGGCGUGGGCGGUGUGGUGGCUUCGUACAGUGUGGUGAAUGCCAGCCAGGGGGGCCUCGGUGCCGUCAGGUCUGGUGAGCGCAGCUACAGCGUCCUGGUCGGCGUGCUCUGCUUCGUCUUGGGGGUCAUUGUGAGCAGCGGCUGCCUCUUGCUGCACGAACAGCGACGGCGAGAGCGCCUUCAGAAGGAGCUGAUCUGUCGUGAGCGGAACGGCCUGGACCUGAUGCAGUCGACCACCACAAGCUGCAGCCACGAGCCACAGACCCCAAGUUCUCCCGAGGACGAGCGCCACCCGCUAGCCGCAGCCAAGAAGAACGGCAGCCUCAAUGGCUAUCCGCACCUCUACAUCCAUGAGCUGGAUACGGAGCAGGCCCGCAUCUACCUGGCUGGGGUGCCCCUGGCCAAGUGUGACGAAACCUCCAUCUAGAGCGCCCUUGCCCAGUGGUGCUUGCUGGUGCUCAGAGGAUGGGCAGGCUGCCAGCCGAGAUCUCUGCCAGGCGGAGCACACGUCCUCUGUGUUGAGGGCCAGCUUGGCUCUUGCGGUGGCAGAUGAGGACCUGGCAAAGUGACUUCCUCAGGCAGUGGGCUGGAGGGGCCUCUGCUCCAGCCCCGCUCACCCUCCUGGUAGGCAAGGGGGGGGGUCUGUGGAAACCCACCAGAGAGGGCAGACUUGCGUGGCCUGUAUACAUGCUUUGUCAUGGAUGACCCUCUUUGCUUUCCCGACUGCUCUUCUGCCUGCCUCCCGCCCUUCCUGCUGCUCUGACUCCAGCGUGCCAGUGGGGUAUGCAGGUGCCAGCCGCCUCGAGGAGGUGCCCGAGUUGGUGUGUUCCCAUGAGGAGUGGGAGGGACAGACUGGAUGCCCUGGAACCUACUGCUGGAGUGACCUGCCCAAGCCACAGGCAGGCUAAUGCUUGGGCAGGCACAGGGCUCCCUGCUCAGCUGGUGAGGGGGCGGCGGCGGCCCCAGAAGGUCGCUGCAAAGUGGUGGCGCGGCCACUUCCCUUUCCAGUCCGCUUCCAUUUCAACCCCUGCAGCAGUACUUUGGACACGGGUUGCUCCCAUCCCUGAGUAUAUCUGACUAAGGACAUGAAGGAAGAUGCAAUCGCCAAUCCCAAACAGGGAGAGGGAUCUUUUGGAAGGCCCCCCUACCCCACUCUACCCGAGGGGCACAGACAGUAAUUCCUUGCCUGGGAAUGUGGCCAAAUCGGUGUGCCCCUCCCCCCUUCAGCUCUUCUUGCUCUCUUCCUUCUCCUCCACCUCUGGUGUCUCGCAAGACUUCUGCCCCAGAGAGGCAGUUCCUGGGCCAACUUCUGUGAAAUGGAUGUUGUGUUCUCCCACUGUUGUAUUUUUGGUGUUGAAUCUCUUGAAGUUGUGAUUUAUUAAAAAGAAGGAAAUGGA